AUGUCUCUGCAGCUGCUCGCACCACUCGCACUCGCGCUCUGCGCAACUCCUGUCCGCGCCCAGUACUACUAUGGCGACCGCGACAACGGCACGAGCUACGGCACCCGCAUCGGCGUCGGCGUCGGCAUCGCCGUCGCCGUCGUCCUCGUCAUCUUUGUCGUCGGCGCCAUCAUGAGGCGUCGUCGCGCCCGGGCGUUCAAGACGGCCUAUCCGCUCCAGCAGGUCCAGGGCCAGGGCCACCACAACCAGGCCGAGCAGGGCGCAGCCGGCUACUACGGCCAGCAGUGGAACCCGCAACAGCAGGGUGCGGCGAGUCAGCCCCACUACGGCCAGCAGUACGUGCCCACUCAGGACGGUGCGGCAGCCACCGAGGCGCCUCCUCAGUACUCGAACUACCGCCAGGACUCGGGCUCGCACUACGCCCCGCCGUCCGGCCCUCCCCCGAUGGCGUCGCAGCACGGCAGCUUUGCCCCGCCCUCGUCGCCUCCCCCUGCGGCCAACACGUCGACGUACGCCCCGCCGAGUGGGCCGCCGCCGACGCAUGGCGAGGACGGCAAGGCGUUGACGGGCGAGGAGCGCGAGGCGUGGCAGGCGGCGCAGGAGGCGCGCGAGCGCGACUUCAGCAGCGGCGGCGGCGGCGGCACCAGCGGCGCCAAGUGA